CUCCAGCCUCCAGCCUCCAGCCUCCCCCCCCCCUGACACUCCUCAUAAAUAUUACCCGGGGCUUAUUUGGAGGAACUCGCACCACAAAGUCACGUCGUGUCUUGGGGGUUUAAAGGGGUUUUUUUUCCCUCCGUCAUUCAAUUUUCUUUUCCCCCUCCCUCCGGUUUUUGGCACCGCACCGGACGCGCUCCGGGCAGCGUUUUACUCCAACUCUAACUUUGUGCAACCGGCUGUUGCGCGCCCGACCCGGAGCUCUGUUGUCGCCGUUAAUCUGUGUCCGUCCCGGGGCUGCGCUCCCCCCCCCCCCCCAGCCCCCCAGCCCCCUGCUUCUCUGCCCGUCAAGGGGUCCCUGCGUGUAAAGCCGGCAGGCGAGGUCCGUCGGAGAUACUAUGUGCCAUCGAGUAUCUUAACGUGGAUUCGCUCCGAUCGGAGAUUUACUCUUGUCAAGUUGAGCAACUCGGGGACUUGGACUCGCCCGAUCUCAUCUCGUCGCUGCGGGUGAAGAAUUCAAAGGAAAAGGACUUUUUUUUCCCCCCUCUCUCUCUCUCUCUCUCUCCAUCUGAACUGUUUUAUUAAAUCGAGCAUCCAUGAUGAGCAAACCCGCCGUCUCAACAAGUGGCUGUUUGGAUAUUCUCAAUGUCAAAUCAAGUCGGAUCCUGGACAUCCCGUGCAAAGUGUGCGGCGACCGCAGCUCGGGGAAACACUACGGUGUUUACGCCUGCGACGGCUGCUCGGGAUUCUUCAAGAGGAGCAUCCGCAGGAACAGGACCUACGUCUGCAAAUCCGGCUCUCAGGGCGGUUGUCCCGUGGACAAAACUCACAGGAACCAGUGCCGAGCGUGCCGUCUGAAGAAGUGUCUGGAAGUGAACAUGAAUAAAGACGUGUCCCGUUUCACAGCCGUCCAGCACGAGAGGGGGCCCCGGACGUCCACCAUCCGCAAACAGGUCGCCCUGUAUUUCCGGGGCCACAAAGAGGUGAACGGGUCGUCGACCCACUUCUCGGGAUCCUCGCUGCCCGGCCCUCCCUUCUUCACCACGGUCACGCAACUGGAGCCCCACAACCUGGAGAUGAGCGCCGUUGCCACCACGCCGGAGAGACAGGCCAUCGUGGGUCUGGCGCAGCCCACCCCCAAGUAUCCCCACGAGGUCAGCGGCACCCCCAUGUAUCUCUACGAGGUGGCGACGGAGUCUGUGUGCGAGUCGGCGGCGCGCCUCCUGUUCAUGAGCAUCAAGUGGGCCAAAAGUGUUCCCGCGUUCUCCACGCUGCCUCUAUCCGACCAGCUCAUUCUGCUGGAGGACGCCUGGAGGGAGUUGUUUGUGCUGGGCAUCGCGCAGUGGGCCAUUCCCGUGGACUCCACCACUCUGCUCGCCGUUUCUGGGAUGAACACCGAAAACACGGAGUCUCAGCGGAUGAAUAAAAUCAUUUCGGAGAUCCAAGCACUUCAAGAGGUGGUCACCCGGUUCAGGCAGAUGCGCCUCGACGCAACGGAGUUCGCCUGUCUAAAGUGUAUCGUGACGUUCAAAGCUGUUCCUACGCACGGCAGCACCGAAUUGAGAAGUUUUCGCAACGCCAGCGCCAUCGCCGCGCUGCAGGACGAGGCGCAGCUCACCCUCAACAGUUACAUACACACCAGGUACCCGACUCAGCCCUGUCGCUUCGGCAAGCUGCUCCUGCUGCUGCCGGCGCUGCGCUCCGUCAACCCGACCACCAUAGAGGAGGUGUUCUUCAAGAAGACCAUCGGCAACGUGCCCAUCACCAGGCUCCUCUCCGACAUGUACAAGUCGAGCGAUAUAUGAAAUGUUCGCCAUCCAGUCCAGUGCGCCCUGGAAAAACAGAACCCGAGCCGAAAGGGGGCCACAGAGCGCCACCCAUGCAGUCGACGGAACGUCAAAUCAUAGCAGCACAACGUCUCCUCGGCUGUCGGCCUGUCGCCAGUUGCUCUAGUUCAGGAUUAGCCUGUCAUUUUUCAUUCUAGAAAUUGACUUUACUGAAAACUGCGGUUGUGGGCGAACAGCCCCGCAGCGUCUUGAAGACUCUGGAGAGCACCUGCCAAGUUUGUCUGACAAAGAAAUGUUGUACACUGAGACGUUUUGUUCGAGUGUCUGUGUGAGACCAAUGAGCUUGAUGACCAAUUCAAUCUUUUUAUUGCUGUGUUCAAUCUCAAUGGAGGAAAACCAAAAAAAAAAAAGAAGAAAAAAAAAGAUGGCGCAUGCG